AAUGAAUGAGUGGAUGCCUAUUGCCAAAGAAUAUGAUCCUCUCAAGGCUGGGAGCAUUGAUGGCACUGAUGAAGAGCCUCAUGACCGGGCCAUCUGGAGGGCGAUUCGGGCUCGCUAUGUGCCCAACAAAGGGGUGUCCGGAGACCCCUACCUCACGCUCUUUGUGGGCAGGCUAAACCUGCAGACCACCGAAGAAAAGCUGAAAGAUGUCUUCAGCAGGUACGGCGACAUCAGGAAGCUGCGAUUGGUGCGGGAUGUGGUCACGGGCUUCUCCAAGCGCUAUGCUUUCAUUGAGUACAGAGAAGAACAAUCUCUUUUAAAAGCUUACAGAGAUGCCAACGGACUGGUUAUUGAUCAGCACGAGAUCUUUGUCGACUAUGAGCUAGAACGAGUCCUUAAAGGGUGGAUCCCUCGGAGACUUGGAGGAGGGUUUGGUGGGAAAAAAGAAUCUGGACAGCUGAGAUUUGGUGGACGGGACCGGCCUUUUAGAAAACCCAUUAACUUGCCAGUGUUCAAAAGUGACUUCUAUGGAGAGGGUCAGAGGGAGAGGAGGGAGUGGUGUCGAGACAGAAGCUGGGACUGGAGGGCCAGAGAUCAAGACCAUGAUAGGGGCCGAGAGAAGAGGUGGCAAGAAAGGGAGAGCAGCAGCGCCUGGGACAAGAACGAGAGGCAAAGAGAGCGGGACUUCAGAGAAGAGAGGAGCAGGGGCCGAGAGAGAAAGGACCGAGAGAGAAGAGAUAGGAGCAAGGAGAGAGACUCCAAAAAGCAGAGGAAGGAUGAUAAACACAAGUAG